AUGGCCACUGUGAAAGAUCUCAUCGUUGAAAGUAUCUACGUUGCCGAUGGCCAGCUGCUAAAUCAUCAGGUUGGCUUGCUUCGACCUUCGAAUGCAAAUCUUCCAAUCGAGAUCCUUAGAGAGCGAUUCCACGAGGACGGUUACCUGUUUGUGAAAAGUCUUCUUCCUCGUGACCAUGUUCUGAAAGCUCGUGAAUCAUACUUCCGCUUUCUGUCCGCUUCAGAUGUCUUGAAGCCGGGCACGUCUCCCGUAGACGGAAUAUUCAAUCUCGAUCAACCCCUAUCGAACUUCCCAGGCCUGAGCUCUCGAAAAUCCGACCUCGAAAAGCCUAAGAGUAAGCAAGCAGCGUUGUUUUCCGAACUGACAGCCAAGGCGCACAACGAAGAAUGGUAUACAGACGACUUUUGCAAACACCCGAAUCUGAUAGAGUUCGUUGCACGUAUCACUCAGUGGAAAGAUGUGCGCCAGUUUAAGCGUUCUUUAUUCCGAUGCAAUCUUCCCCAAUCAGAGCCAAUUGGUGUGCAUUAUGACCAAAUGUUCCUCAGGCAGGGAGACGUAACAAAUAUCACGGCUUGGUGCGCUAUGGGUGAUGUCAAGAUCAACGGAGGUGGGUUGAUGUAUCUGGAACAGAGCAAGGUUUUGGGGGAAGAAUUUGAAACUAGUUUCACCCACCAGGCUUUUCAGAGUGGGCUGUCUUGGCAAGAAGCCAAGAGUCCAUAUAACAAAAACAUGACUAUUUCAGGUGGACUUUCCACAGAGCCCGCUAAAUUUGCAGCUCAGCACAAUUGCAGGUGGCUUAUCAGUUCCUUCGAGGCAGGAGAUGUUGUGCUCCAUGAUCCGUUUGUUAUCCAUGCCUCGACCGUGAACACCGAUCCAAAAUCUACUAUCAGACUUUCAACCGAUUUGAGAUUCUACGAUGCUUCGCGCCCAUACGAUCAGCGUUGGCUACAGCAAUUUUUUCCAGGGGACGAGGUUUAG